GCCACAGGAGAGCCCCAAAGAAACGAGACAACACGCGGCUUCAGUCAGGUAGCUGCUCUGCACUCUGCCACACUCCACAGGGGGAACACUUCUGAGCAUCAGACAACACAUAUACCCUGGAGGCUAAGAGAGCAACAUAGCAUGACAGAAAAGUCCUAGUUCAUCCAGAAAUUGUUGUAACUGUCAAUGAGAAGAGUACGGGACAGCACAGUAAACAACUGUGGCGGUGAAUCCAGAAUACAGAGUGUUUCAGUCAGCAGAAGAAGGAUUUCCACACAGUGAGGAGAAUCACCAGAUCGUUUGGGCAGAAGGUAUGAGGCGUGACAGGCAACUGGUGGCUAUCACCUUGGCGACCAUCCUGGCUGCCGAUGUCUACUUUGUGCUGUUGCCCAGGCUAAGAGACUGGUACUAUAUGUCCAGGGAUGGAUGUGUCUGCAAGGAGACAAAUGCCAGUGCAAGCUAUACAGACGUAGCAACCUCAGAAUGGACGUCAUCCCUCAACUCCACUGAGUUCUUCUCAAAGCACGGUUCUAAACUGGAGCAUCUCUUCGCCCAUCCACUCUACAAGAUCAGCUUACCUGAUCUGGGACCAGAUGAUGUCCUCCUACAGAAGGAAGAGCUAAUGGAGUACUACAGGAGAAAGGUGUCUCGCUGGGAGAGACAGCAGAAGUAUUACAUUGAGGCGGCGGCAGCUUCCAACAUUUCUGUGUUUGAUCAGCCUGUGACCUUUGACCCCCAUGCCAGCUGGCUUAAAUUCCACCUGGGGAUUAAUCGCCACGCGCUGUACUCACGGGAGGACGACAACAUCGACAGGCUCCUGCAAGACAUGCAGAGUGCAGCAAUCAUAAGUGCAGAUUACACUCAAGAUGAGAAAGCGCUCAAGGGUCUUUGUGACUGCACACAAGUGGUGAAGCCAAGUGGACAUCAUCUGAAGCUAGCACUGAAGCUCCAGGACUUUGGCAAAGCCAUGUUCAAACCAAUGAGGCAGGAGAGGCAUGAAGAGACGCCAGAAGAUUUCUUUUAUUUUGUUGACUUUCAAAGACACAAUGCUGAGAUUGCUGCCUUUCAUCUUGACAGAGUGCUGGAUUUCCGGAGAGUUCCGCCAGUCGUCGGGAGACUCAUCAAUAUGACUAAAGAAAUUUUACACACCACUCACAACGAAGAUCUCCGCAGUGUUUUCUUCACCUCUCCAGCAAACAACACAUGUUUCUUUGCCAAGUGCUUGUAUGUGUGUAAGACGGAAUAUGCAGUGUGUGGACGUCCGGAUCUGCUGGAGGGCUCUAUGUCAGCUUACCUGCCAGGCCUCAGCAUUGCUCCACGUAUUUCAAUCCCAAACCCAUGGAUUCGCUCGUAUUCUUUCACUGGGAGAGCGGAGUGGGAAGUAAAUCCAUUGUACUGCGACACAAUUAAACAACACUAUCCCUAUAACUCCGGAGACAGACUGCUGAACAUUAUCGACAUGGCAAUAUUUGACUUCCUCACUGGUAACAUGGACCGACACCAUUACGAGAUCUUCACCAAGUUUGGUGACGAUGGGUUCCUGCUUCACUUUGACAAUGCUAGAGGAUUUGGGAGACAUUCCCAAGAUGAGAUGUCCAUACUGGCUCCUCUAUCUCAGUGCUGCAUGAUCAAGCGCUCCACUCUGCUGCGUCUCAAGCUGCUGGCCCAGCCUGAGUAUCAGCUAAGUGACGUCAUGCGAGAAUCUCUGGAUCGUGACCCCCUGCGGCCCAUCUUGACCGAACCCCACCUCUCAGCUCUGGACCGGCGGCUGGAGCGCGUGCUGAGGGUGGUGAUGAAGUGCGUGAAGAAACUGGGUGAACAGCAAGUGGUGAUCGCAGACAUUGAAGAGGCUUCAGGUGGAGCCCUGACUCACACGCAUGACAAAAGGAGAUGACAUUUGGAUGUGAGGAGUGAAGGGAGGGCUGGCAGGGGAGAAAUAAAACGCACUGGAUAAAUGAAGACACUCAACCUCUGCUUUCCUCUUGACUUUUGGGAAUCAGUGUGACUGAGAACUUCUUAAGCACCUUUUUUAAAUUAAGUGAACGUAAGUGUGAGUAAGUAUGACAAAAGGACAUGUUAAGGAGCACGAUGAAGAUAGCUUUGGGUUAAUCUAUGGAUGUUAGAUAUGACUAUUUACAACCUGUUCUCAACAAAUAAGCCGCUGAGAGCUGAUAUGACAUCGAAAAUAUGUUCCUCUGCUAAUCUGUUCCUUUUUUUGGUCUCUUUUGUUCAAAGUACAGUUUUAGUUUUACUCAUCUUGCACACAGACAAGACACGUCAACAUGUUGGAAGUGAGACAGAGAGAAAUAGACAAACACAAAGUGAGAGAAGAGGCAAGAGAAGUGUUUAAGAGGCUGAUUUCUCCACAGGAAAGCACAACCCAUUAAAAUGUCCAAAACAGCUACGGUUUAUGACUAACUUUCCAGACGGAUUGCAGCCUUCUAAUCCUUGGCUGUCUCAUCUGGACGCAGCUUCUAGGCAUUCAAGUGGAAUCUUGAUAUGAACACAAGCAAGUCUGAGUUUUACAUUACGUUGCCAAGUCUUUGUCCCAACUUGUGUAUCAUGAUUGUCUUGCAACAAACUGUGGCAGCUUGGUUUUCAGUAGGUUUCGGCAUGUCUUGUUCUUUGUUGUCUGUCUCCGAAAAGGAAAGUUAACAGUGCUGAAGAGAUCAAAAUUACAAUGGAAUAAUCAAAUGAAACCUGAUUCAUGCAAUUUGAUCUCGGUCUUGUAGUUUGAAAGAACAAAUUGGGGCCUUCAAAGAAAGAAGAGAGAAAAAAAGAGGUUACAA